CCGAGUCGCAUGCGGUUCGUUACCUCAAAAAAUUCAAAAUAUCUCCGUCGUGUGCGAUUGCCGGAAUCGGGGGAAUUCGAUUAGGAAACGAAUCUUUAUCACAAAUGCCGAAUGCCAGUGUUUACGUAAUAGUAUAGUAAAGUAGUAUUUUACUUUUACCGCCUUCAUAUUAUAUUUUUUUUUUUACUGUGAGUGCGUGUGAAGAGAGUAAACCGAAAACGAGAAAUAAAAAUAAAAAGGAAAACUGCAGCCAGUGGAAAAGAGCGUGGAAAAUACGCGGACUACCUGUUGAGCCAAAGAUCUCUCCGGAUUAAUGGUUUUUUUGUUUGGUUGGCCGAAGGUCGCGGGCUGAAACCCUUCCCCUUUUUGCCGUGCCCGGUGCACGUGCAUUUAAAGUAAAAAAAAAUAUAUAAUAUUUGUAAAAGUUAUAAACAUAAAUCAUGGAAGAGUCCCCGUUUCGCUCCGCACUGUCUUUCUCGCCGAGAAGGCUUCAGAUUUUGCUAAUCCUACAAUGCGCGGUUAUCAUCACCGGCUUCAACUUGGAGCAGAGAUUACCGAUCGUGAAAUACGGACAUCCACAUUCGCACUUCGGCUACUCGGUGGCCACCCACACAAUUGGCGAGGUCAAUGGGCCCAACAAAACUAAUUGUGUAUUAGUGGGAGCCCCACUGGAUCAAAAUCGACAACCGAACACUUCACAUUCUGGCGCCCUUUGGCGGUGUCCGAUGACACAAAGUUUCGAUGACUGCGAACAAGUGAUUACCGAUGGCAGGCGAUCGAACGGAGCAUAUGAGAUUAAUAAGACUUUCGACAGCGAAAUCCUCUCACCUCCCGGCAAUGACGAAAUCAAGGAGGACCAGUGGAUGGGCGUAACGGUGCGUUCGAAUCCCCUACAGGCCAACGGAUCCGGCGGAAAGGUAAUCGUCUGCGCCCAUCGCUAUAUGUACAUCGUUCGAGAGAACCGUUAUGGCCAGGGUCUGUGUUAUCUACUUACGAACGAUCUGCAGUUUGAAGAGGUGCACGAACCAUGCAAAGGACGACCUGUGCAAAGGCAACACGAGGACUACGGACUGUGCCAGGCGGGAACGUCGGCCGCUCUCCUGGACGAUGACACCAUGGUGUUGGGCUCCCCCGGACCGUACACGUGGCGCGGAUCCAUCUGGGUGACCCAGGUGGGCGGGGAGUACCUGCAGCGGGACAAGACGACCUACUACAGUGAUCACUCGGAUAACAGCUCGCCGGUGGACAAGUACAGCUACCUGGGCAUGUCGGUGACCGGUGGCCGGUUCUUCGGACAUAUGUCAUAUGCGGCCGGAGCUCCACGUUCCGAGGGCCAUGGUCAGGUGGUGAUCUUCGACAAGUCCACCGAGAAUCCGAUCCCGGUGCACUCCAUCCUGGACGGUGAGCAGUUCGGAUCGAGUUUUGGCUACGAACUGGCCACCGCCGAUGUGAAUGGCGAUCACCGACCGGACUUGAUAGUGGCAGCUCCACUGUACUUCACCAAAACAGAGGGUGGAGCCGUGUACGUUUACCAGAAUGACAAGGACACGUUGCCCUCGAAAUACACACUGAAGUUGACGGGAGCUCUGGAGAGUCGUUUCGGCCUGGCCCUGGCCAAUAUCGGGGACCUCAACAAGGAUAACUGCGACGAUCUGGCGGUGGGAGCUCCUUACGAAGGUAACGGUGUGGUCUACAUCUACUUGGGCUCGAGGCAGGGACUGAACGCCAAGCCGGCCCAGAAGAUACAGGCCUCCGAAUUGGGUGGCACCAUACCCACUGGCCAGCCCAUUCGCACCUUCGGCAUAUCGAUAUCGGGCAACACGGAUUUGGACGAUAACUCCUACCCGGAUGUGGUAAUUGGGGCAUUCAACUCCUCGGCCGCGGUUAUCCUGCUGGCCAGGCCCAUCAUCAGCAUCCAGACGAAGGUGCUGCGCAAGGAACUGCACAACAUGGACCCCAACCAGCCGGGCUGCCUGGCAGACCCCAGCAGUAAUCUCACCUGCUUCACCUUCCAAGCCUGCUGCAGCAUCGAUCCGUUCGACGAGAAGAGCAAGGAGCUCCGGCUGGCCUAUAACGUCGAGGCGGAGACCUUCGACCAUCUGAAGAAGUUCUCCCGGGUCUUCUUCGAUCGGGACAACAAGCGGAGCAAUGUGCUCAGUCGGGUGGUGACGGUGCGAACGGACGGAAAGAUGGCCUGCCAGUCGGUUACGGGUUACAUCAAGGCCAAUACCCGGGACAUCCAGACUCCGGUGCGUUUCCGAUUGAAGUACUCGCUGCAGGAGCCGCCACUGGCUGCGUCCGCUUUGACAAGCCUCAAUCCGAUAUUGGACCAGACCCAGGCGCACAUCGACUUCGAGGGCACCUUCCAAAAGGACUGCGGCGAUGACGAUCUCUGCGAGAGCAACCUGGUCAUCCGGGCGGAGCCGAACAUUACACAGUCAUCAGGCAACGAUUACACCCUGAUCCUGGACGAAUCGGAACUGGAGGUUCGGAUCGAUGUGAGCAAUCUGGCGGAUUCCGCUUACGAGGCUCAACUGUUCGUCGCCCAUCAGGCAGGAGUUUCCUAUGUGGCCACCAAGAAGCCGACGAAUGCCACCUGCAACAGCUACAAUACCACAUUGGUGGCAUGCAGUCUGGGUAAUCCCAUGCUGCGCGACACCACCACAUUCGUGACCAUACGCUUCCAGCCCAAAGGAUUGGAGCCGAGUGAGAAGUCCAUGCUGUUCCACAUCUUUGCGAAUACCACCUCCAAGUUGGUGGGUCGCGAGCGUCCCGAGCGGGAUCUUCUGGUGAAUGUGGUGCGUCGGGCGAAGCUCCAUUUCCGCGGAUGGGCCAUUCCCGAGCAGAGUUUCUACAGUGGAUCGAGUGCGACGACGGGUGUGGCCACCACCGGCACCACUGGCAUCUCGGAUGCUGAGCUACACGGACCGAUGGGCAUGGACGAUGUGGGCUCGCAGGUUCAUCACAGCUUCACCAUCUUCAACGAGGGACCCUCGACGGCGCCCAAGGUGCAGAUGGUCAUCUACUGGCCGUACUCACUGUACAGUGAUCCCCAGAGCGGUCGAGGUGUCCAGUACCUGCUCUAUCUGGAGCAAAUACCCACGGUGGAGGCCAGCCAGGGCGAAUGCCAUGUGGCGCCCGAGUAUGUCAACCCGCUGAAGUUGGCCGGCGGCUCCAGGGAUAGCACCGGUUACUUGAGGGCUCCCGCUCAGUUGAGAAUGUUCCCCUCGCAGUCGCGUCAUCCGUACAACAAGAGUGUGGUCCACUCGCAGAGGAGCUACUAUUCCAGCAGCGAGCGGGAGGAUGGCGUGGAUAGCUCGCAAGUCAGCUCCCACAAUCGAGUACGUCGCAGUUUUCUGGACCGCGUCACCCGGCUGGAGCGAUUAAUGUACGAUCCGGAGGGUGACAGUGCGGCAGGGGCCAAUGGCAAGAAGCAGGACAUCGUGGAGCUGGACUGCACCAAGGACACGACGAACUGCGUGCGCAUCCAGUGCGAUAUCUUCAAUAUGCCAGCCUCAUCCGAGGCCCAAGUGGUGGUCAAGGCCCGCCUGUGGAACUCCACGCUGGUCAGCGAAUAUCCCAGGGUGGAACGGGUCAGGAUCUUCUCCAAGGCCUCGGCCCUAAUACCCGAGAACUAUGGCGUCGAGGUGAUGGAGCUGAACAGCAUAGAGGUGGAGACGCGGGCCUAUCCGGAACUGAGGAACCAGCAGCGCGACACUUCGAUACCCUGGCUGAUCAUCAUCCUGGGCAUCGUGGGCGGACUGCUGCUCCUGGCGCUAUUCACCUUCCUGCUGUGGAAGUGCGGCUUCUUCAAGCGCAUCCGGCCCACCGAUCCGACGCUCAGCGGCAAUCUGGAGAAGAUGAACGAGGAGAAGCCCUUCCUGGCGCCGGCGAAGAGCUCGCCUCGCGGUUUCUAACAAGAGGGCACCGUCGGCUGGGAUCUGGUGCGCCGUCGGAGGCGUCGACGACGUCUAGCCCUGCGGCUCCCAGUUCCACCACAGCCACGGCAUGGCUGGCGGAAAACUGCGAACAAGUCCAAUAAUAACAAUGACCACCAUAGAAAUAACAACAACAACAACGACAGUGAUGUGGACGUACUUUCGCUAACGCCGCCGCCACCGCCGCUCAGCAUCCUCGGCUGGGGACACGAUGGAUACUACCAGGCCAGCGCCGCCUGGUGGGGCCAUCACAUGUGAUCGGAUGGGUCACAGGAUGGGUCACUGGAGGCGUCACAGGAGGGAUCAUGUGGGUUGUGGUUCAAUGUGCCAUUUCGUUUACUUAAUGCAGCGGGCUAAGUUCAGUUCAGUGGAAGAGACCAGAUGGAGUUGGUAGCCAGGAAGUCCAGUCACUGACAUCAGCCAUGGAAAUCGGUUAGCCAGUGAAGUCCAAAAAUAUACAAGAAAUACUAGGGAUCAAGCUAGCAGAAAAAUCCAACACAGAAUAAUAUGAUUUAAGGCAUAGGAUUUAAAUAUCCCGGACUUUGAAUAAUUUAUCUGGUUUUUAAUUUUUUCAAGAGGGUCUUGUGCCUAAAAACUUUACGAUGGUGCUUUUUAAAACCUGUAGGAAUUUUAGACUUAAAAAUUGUAGGCUUAGGUAAAUAUGCUACUAAAGAAAAAUCAAAAUAAAAAAUGUACGAUCAGGAAAGUUUAUAAACAGUUCCAAGCUACCGAUUUAUUUAGCUGAUGUCAGUACUGACCUAUAGUCUAAGAAUUAGCUAAGCGCCCAAACGUUGAUAAUCUGUGUAAAAAUGUUCAUUGUCAUAUAUAGAUUUAAGCCUAAGUUAGGCUAAGCUAAAGAGAGCGACGCGAAAAUUCCGAAUAUAGCAUACAAAAGAAAAACACUGCCUUUAACAACAAAUCAAAAGUGCCUCGAAAUCGAACCGUAAUUCCAAUACACUGGACACGUCUUAAUAAAAAGAAAAACGAAAGUAUUAGCACAAACUUUAGCUAUAAAUAAUCCACGAGCCACAGAAUUUAGCACACACCGGCCAUGCUUAUCUUUAUUUGGUUUAAUUUUCCAUUUUUUUUCGGUCGACUAAGUUUUUAAAAUUGUGAAACACACUCGAGAUGUUAGUUUUUGUAUGUAUCCAUGUGUGGUGUCGAGACUUAGUUAAAUUAGUUGUAAAUAAAAAAUCGAUAGUACUAGUGUAAAUAGUAAUUAUGUUUCAUUAUCUAUUUAAUAUACGAUUACUUUUUUUUAAAGAAA